AUGUUCUUCGCGAGAAUCCUCACCUUCUUUUCUGUUACUGCGCUUCUCUCUGCUGCCCUUCCUUUGGUCCCCAGGGCCAAUGUUGGAGAAGGUACCUGGUACGAGCCGGGACUAGGAUCUUGUGGUAUAACCAACGUUGCCACGGACAUGAUUGUAGCGGUCUCGUACCUGCUGUACGACUCGUAUCCUGGUGCUACCGCGAAUCCCAACCUGAACCCGAUUUGCGGUAAGGAAUUGGUUGCGACCUACGGAGGAAAGUCGGUCACCGUUACCGUCACGGACAAAUGCAUGGGAUGUGCUGGGAAAUAUGAUCUGGACUUUACUCCCACUGCAUUCUCGAAACUUGCUAGUACCGACGUUGGGCGUCUCACCGGAGUCGAUUGGCAAUGGGCUUGA